AGUCUUUCUCGCUGUUCUGUUCCAGGUUAACUCUCCCUGACCCGGAGCUAGUACUCUGUCUCACUUCUGUUGUCAUCAGCAGCUAAGCGUUGAAAACAAUGGCAGAGUCGGAAGAGGAGGUGGACGUGUUGGUCCAGAGAGUUGUGAAAGACAUCAACAACGCGCUAAAGAAAAACCACAACAUUGAUGAAAUUGGUUUGAUACCUUGUCCAGAAGCCCGGUACAAUCGAAGCCCCAUAGUCCUAGUGGAAAACAAACUUGGUGUGGAAAGCUGGUGCAUAAAGUUUCUCUUGCCCUAUGUUCAUAAUAAACUGCUGCUCUACAGACAAAGGAAACUAUGGCUGGACAAAGAUGCACUGAUAGAUAUCACUUGUACGCUACUGCUGCUGAAUCCAGACUUCACCACUGCCUGGAAUGUCAGGAAAGAGCUGAUUCAGAGUGGUGCGUUAAGUCCAGAGAAAGAUUUGUAUUUGGGGAAACUUGCUCUAACCAAAUUUCCCAAAAGCCCAGAAACGUGGAUUCACAGGCGCUGGGUCUUGCAGAGUUUAAUCCAGGGAUGCUGCUCCAGUAAGGCAUGUAAGGAGAGUGGAGCCGUGGACGUGGCCGCAGCACAGACAGAAAGACUGCAGCAAAUACUACAGGAGGAGAUGAAGGCCUGCUCUGAAGCUGCAGGGAGAUACCCAAGCAACUACAAUGCCUGGUCACAUCGUAUUUGGGUGAUACAGAAUUUUGCAAAAGACAACAAAAAGGUUUAUCUUGAUGAGUUAUCUUCUAUGAAGUACUGGGUGUCCAUGCACGUUUCAGAUCACAGUGGCUUCCAUUACCGACAGUUUCUCCUCAAAUCUCUUGUUGAAGACCCUGGCUGUGUGCUGGACAAAACUGCCUCGGUACUGCAGGCCACUAUUAAUGAACGUUGUGUUAGUCUUCCAAAAGAAGAGGCCUCAGCUGAGAUCCAGAGGACAGUGGUGCCAGACCUGUUUGACGAAGAGCUGGAGCUUUGCACUGACCUUAUUGAGUCGUACCCUGGCCAUGAAACACUUUGGUGUCACAGGCGGUAUGUUUUCUUCCUCUGGCAUCACUGGAAUAAUAAGCAAGGAUCACCGUUAAACAGCAGUGAUCGUCCUUUAGACAACUCAUCGAGUGCUACCACAGGAGGCAAGUCGGCACAGGCCAUGGACGUGGAUGGCAUUGUGGACCCCAACAAGCAGGUCUAUGCCCAGGAGACCAAGCGGCUGAAACGGGGCCCUCUGCAGGGCUGCCAAGGCCUGCCAACAGAGCACAGGUUCAUUACUAAAACCCUGACAGACUGCAGGAGUACAGAACAGGCCAGGUUUGCCGCUGCAUACCAGAAAUGGCUUGACUCUGUUCUAGGUCAAUAAUGGUGAACUUGUGGGGAGAAUAUUAAUAUAUAACGCAAGAUUCCUCUUCAGAGUGAAAAUCAAUGCCAGGUUUUUCUAAAAGCAGACAAUUCUGUAGCAGUGUGCAGUCUCUGGAUUAAGUUCAGUGCGCACCAGUACCUCAGGUUUCUCAAUUCUUGACAAACAUUUCGCCACUUCUACUGAACUGUCUGUAUUUUAUCAAAUCAGCCUAGCUCAUUUUCCUCUGUUUUCUAUUUUCUUUUUUAAUGUAUUCUUUUUUCUUUAUUUAUAUAUAAAGUCUUCCAGUAACAAACACCUCUCCUUAAUUAAGCAACCUUGUAAGAGAAGCUUAUAUGUUUUGUAAAUCUUCACUGCUGCUUUUUUAACAGCUUCUGUACCUCAAAUCUUUGAGAUACAGACUUUAGAUAUUUCGGUGUUUUGGAAAUUUCAAAUGCAAACAAAUGCCCUUCACUUUGACCCUUUUGGUUUCCAAGCAUUGCUUUCUGCCCAAAGUAGUUGCCAUGUUAAGGUUGUGCUACUUUAGUUGUGUGCAAGAUAGAGAGACAGGCAUUCAUAUGUUGUCUUCAUAUUUGAAACAAACCUGUAUUAAAUGAGUCACUCAAUCAAGUUCUGUUUAGAUUGUAAAAGUAACCUUUUCACUGGCACAUUUUUUUACCUUGUGCCCAUAUAUCAAUGAUGGAAAAGCACAUGCUUUGAGGUAGUGGUACAUGGCUUCAUUCUGUUUAUUAUAGAGGCAUGGUCCAAUGAAAAUGAACCAUUUCGUGGCUGUGUUUGUUUAUCAACCAUAUCUCAGAAAGCUCCUGAGACAUCUGUUUCUAUAUACUUAAAUAGACAACAUGUGCCAGUGAUCUGGAAAUUAACCACUGACCUAAUAUGUCUGUCACACUUCGUUUUGUAACUUUUUUAGCUGAUAAUCGGUACAUGCUUUUAAAUAUUUUUCACAGCUCUAUUCUGUAAUUUUCUCCAUCAGGGUUAAUCAUGGAGAUUACUGCCUUUUUCAUUUUUGGCCUAAUUUUAAAACAAAUGCACACUUUACAGUUCCAACAGGAAUACAAAAAAAAAAAAGUUACACUUGUUUCUUGCUAGUUCUAUACUGUUACAAUUGUUUUUAUAAGCAGCAUCUAGCAGAAACUGUGGUUCAGCACUUUUCUUGUCAGUCAGUCGUUGUUUUGCUCCAACUCAACUAGACCUUAUCUAAUGAUAUCUUGAUUACUAGAUCUUGUCACUUGGUUUUAUAUGUUAGUAGUUGUCAGAAUAUAAUUUGUUUUGCAUGAGAAA